GAGAGAGAGAGAGAGAGGCAGAGGCAGUCCACAGUACAGUAUCUUCACUGCGAUCAACGGAUACGCAUCAAAAAACAGGACUACACUUUACUCUUUAGCAAUGAGGUACUGUGUGUCAUGCUGGCAGCAGGAAGGACUAUGAGGGUGCACUGCAGAAAUUUGUAACUUUGGCAGAUAGGAUCAUUAUCAGCAGUAAGUCACCCUGAGAGCUUGAAAGAUGAGAAAUUGGAUUGUAAUUCUUCUGUGGGCUUGUGUGCACAUGCGUGUGGAUGCAGUUGCACUUUCAAGAGCACCAGUUCAAAGGAAAAUCAAAGAAAUUGAAGGGGGGCAAGACAAAGACACAGAAUUGCUAAGACGUUCCAAAAGAGGGUGGAUGUGGAAACAGUUCUUUCUUCAAGAGGAAUACACAGGAAGCGACCACCAGUACAUCGGCAAGCUUCACUCAGAUAUGGAUAGAGGAGACGGCACGGUGAUAUACGUUCUCACAGGUGAAGGUGCAGGGACAAUCUUUGUGAUAGAUGCCAACUCAGGAGAUCUGCAUGCUACCAGGAGCCUGGACCGAGAGGAGAAACCAUUUUACUCUCUCCGAGCUCAGGCUGUGAACAAGAAGACAAGCCUCCCGCUGGAGCCAGAGACAGAAUUUAUUGUCAAACUACAUGACAUCAAUGACAAUGAGCCGAAGUUCAACAAGGAAAUGUAUACAGCAUCUGUACCUGAGAGGUCACACAUUGGCACUUAUGUCACUCAAGUUACUGCCCAGGAUGCAGAUGAUGAAAUGUUUGGCUACAGUGCAAAGCUAGUCUACAGCAUCAGCCAGGGUCACCCAUACUUCUCUGUAGAACCAAAUACAGGCAUAAUCCGGACAGCUUUGGGGCCUUCUGACAUGGACAGGGAGCAGAGGGAGCACUACCAGGUGGUGAUUGAAGCCAAGGACAUGGCUGGCCAGAAGGGCGGCUUAACUGGCAGCACCACAAUCAGCAUUAGCCUUACCGAUGUCAACGAUAACCCCCCUCGUUUCACCCAAAGUAUAUAUCAGUUCAGCGUGCCAGAGCUCACUGAGGCGGGAGCAUCCGUUGGCAGGAUAAAAGCUGUGGAUGCCGACAUCGGCAGAAAUGCGGAGAUGGACUACACCGUUGUUGGUGGAGAUGGCCUAGAUGUGUUCGAAAUCAUCACAGACCGGAACAACCAAGAAGGCAUACUUACCGUUAAAAAGCCUCUCGACUAUGAGAAAAAGAAAUCAUACACACUUCAGAUCCAAGUGCAGAACACACAUCCAGACCCGCACUUCCUGAGCCUGGAUGCUAAGGACAUGGCCACAGUCCGGGUCAGUGUGGAGGAUGUAGAUGAGCCCCCUCAAUUCGAAAAAUUCAGUUACAUUUUGGAGGUGAAAGAGGACGCAGCUGUGGGAACCGUCAUAGGAUCAGUCAGUGCCGUGGACCCUGAUAUACGACGCAGUCCGGUCAAGUAUACCAUUGAUCGACAUACAGAUGUGGACAGGAUUUUUUUUGUCUAUGCGGGGAAUGGAUCUAUAUACCUGCAAAGGCCUUUGGACCGAGAAGAAUUUUCUUGGCAUAAUAUCUCUGUGAUUGCAGCUGAGUUCAACAACCCUCAGCUGACUAGCCGAGUGCCCGUUUACAUCUGCGUACUGGAUGUCAACGAUAACCCCCCCAUGCUGGCAUCCUUCUACGAGACGUUCGUCUGUGAAAACGCCAAAGCCGGCCAGAAAAUCCAAACAAUCAGCGCAGUGGAUUCAGAUGACCCGGCCAGUGGACAUCGCUUCUUCUUCUCUUUAGCACCGGAGAGCUCAGUGCAAGCAAACUUCUCAGUGCGAGAUAAUGGAGACAACACAGCUGGGAUCUUCACACAACAGACCGGAUUUGGCCGAAUGCACAAGAGCACCCAUCUAGUGAAUGUGGUGAUCUCAGAUGGCGAAUUUCCCAUGCAGAGCAGCACGGGCACGCUCACAAUUCGGGUGUGCACGUGCGACCGUGAUGGCAACAUGGAGAUGUGCAACGCCGAGGCGCUGACCAGCUCUGCGGGACUCAGCACAGGGGCACUCGUGGCCAUCCUGCUCUGCAUUCUUAUACUGCUCUUGAUCGUGGUGCUGUUUGCUGCCCUGAAACGUCAGAAGAAGAAGGAGCCUUUGAUCAUCUCCAAAGACGACGUGAGAGACAACGUGGUCAGCUACAACGACGAGGGUGGUGGCGAGGAGGACACCCAGGCCUUUGACAUUGGAGCGCUUCGCCACCCGGAGGUGAUGGAGGAGAGCAAACUGCGGCGGGACAUCCUGCCGUCCGAGUCGCUCUACCCCCCACCGCCACUCCGUAGGACCAUCGUGCCGUCCCGAGGCAACGCCGAUGUGCGGGACUUUAUCAACCAGCGUGUACAGGAAAACGACGGCAACCCCACAGCUCCUCCUUAUGACUCGCUGGCCACCUACGCUUAUGAAGGUAACGGAUCAGUGGCGGAGUCACUCAGCUCACUGGGAUCUGUAUCCUCGGAGGGGGAGCAGAACUAUAACUAUCUCAGCGAGUGGGGGCCACGCUUCAGGAAGCUUGCUGACAUGUAUGGUGGAGAAGACAGCGACUGGGACUCCUAACAGAUAUCUGGCAGACUGCGGAGCGGGACUCAUUUGCUGUGCUGCCUCUAACUGAAGACUGGAAUGGCAGAAUGAGGCAGCCUUAUUUCUUUUACAAAGUGCCCUUUUAUCCUUCUCUUUGUCCUACAAUCAGGCACUCGGGUCCUCCGUCCUGACUGGCUGUGUAUUUUCUCUGCAAAGCAGAUGCAUAAGAGGAGAUUAACUUCUCACAGUGCAAGGAGGACGCUUCUGUACGUUCCAGACUUUAAUUGUUUCUCUUGCACAUGUGCUCUCUCAUGCUCAUCAGAAAGAGAUCAACUGCAGUAACAUCAUUCUGGAUAAUCCCAGAUUUUUCUUGAGAUGUACUGUAGUUUACACUCUGCGUUUGCAGCUUUUCAUAUCUGUAAACAUCACUGAAAACGUACUGAAAAGCCUACCAUCUGAUCAUGCAGAAUUACUCUUUAAACUCUGUUGCAAAAUAAGUUCAUCUGAAGACUGUGAGUCUCUUAGACACUUGAAGUGAACUUUAGCAGGCAUGCUAUAAACCAUUGACUAAAAAGGCCAAGACCAAGUUGUACUUUUUUUGAAAGAAAUGAGACCAAGGCUAAUCUUAAGCCUGUGAAUUCAUCAUCAGACCUCAAUGUGUAGCAGGAAGCUCAGAAUCAAACGUUCAAGAUCAUAGGAGUUGUCUAAUAACUGGGAGGCAUUUUGAAACCCUUACUAUUAAUCAUUUGCAUAAUUUUACUAAUCUAAUUACGCACUCAAGAAAAGAUGCGUUGUACUGUAACCAGAAUCAAGACAGAUUGUUUGAACUCCUUGUAGACCAUCUAGAAAAAUGGGUCAGAAUAUGUUUCAUGGUUGGCACUGGUUUUCAUCAUCCACUUAAAAAAAAAAUAAUAAAAUGCCAGAAGCUUACAAUUAUCUGCUAUGUCACUGGAUCUAAAUGUGUUUUGCUUGAAUUCCUUUAGCAGUCUGGCACACUUUUGCUUUAACUCAGAACUGCUUAGUAUUAGUUUCUCCUCGUGAGAGACACAUAUUCACACAGUCCCUUAAUGACAUGCUGCAAAACGUAACAUUCCAUAAAAUUACCUUAAAACAUUACUUAAGCAUUUGUCUUAAUGGGAUUUGUCUUUUUUUCUUCUUCUCUUCUUCUUUUUUUUUUUUUUUUUGCUCCAUUCAUCCAGCUGAACAGAGAGACCUUGAGAUAAAACACAAUACAGUCAAAUCAACAAAAAGAAUUAAACCUUAAUAUAUUUACAUAGAAUAACUGAUUCAGUCAAAGAAUAGAGGGAUUGAAUGCAAAAUUGUAAAAUAAUCACAGUUUGAAGCUGUAAUUCCCACCUUUCCACAGACAACUGUGCAAUAAAAGAGAGCAUCAAGUCACUAUGGAAGCAAUGAAAAGUUGAUUGAUUUAUUCCUUGUCUGAAUGAUAAACACUACAGUGUUGUACUGAGAAAUCUUAUCAGUAAAUCACUUGGCCAUGAUUGUGCCCUCUCUUUAGACUACAAAAUUAGCCUGAGAUUGUGUUCACCUCUGCGGUUAGGAAGGGGGGAGUUCGCUCUAAACAGUGGUUGAGCAGGUAAAUAUUUGUGUUUUAGAAGCAGAAUUACGAUUUCCGUUUUUUGUCAUUUAUAUGCUGUAAAAAAAUAAAAAAUAAAAAAAUAAAAAAAAAACAGGAUAAAAGAUGGUUAUUCAUGAUGUAAAAAAAACUUGGUUUAAUGAGCAGUGUUUUGUACCAGUGGCUUGGGAAGAGUAGAUUAUGUCCAUGUACUACUUUGCUUUAUAUCUUGUGAUAUUUUGUACCAAAUAUUUAUAAACUGCGAUGAUGAUUAAAUAUCAUUGAAAUAUGU